CAGAGACAGGUAGUGGUGGGGGUGUACAGUGCCAGAGCUGGGCUGUCACUCACUGAGACUGACACAGAGAGAGGGAGAGAGGGAGGGUCAGAGAGACAGAGACAGGGAGAGAUAGUGGGUGGGGGUGUACAGCGCAGGAGCUGGGCUGUCACUCACUGAGACUGACACAGAGAAAGGGAGAGAGGGAGGGACAGAGAGACAGAGACAGAGACAGAUAGUGGGUGGGGGUGUACAGUGCCGGAGCUGGGCUGUCACUCACUGAGACUGACACAGAGAGAGGGAGAGAGGGAGGGUCAGAGAGACAGAGACAGAGACAGAUAGUGGGUGGGGGUGUACUGUGCAGGAGCUGGGCUGUCACUCACUGAGACUGACACAGAGAGAGGGAGAGACAGAUCCCCACCCACAGCCUGCACAGAGUCUCCAUAACCUUCAGCAACUGUCAGCCUUUUCCCCCUGAACCGACAUGAAGGAGAAACAGAGGAAAAAGAAAGGACGGACCUGGGCGGAGGCAGCGCGAACGGUACUGGAGAAGUACCCAAACACACCAAUGAGCCACAAGGAGAUCCUACAAGUCAUCCAGCGUGAAGGACUCAAGGAGAUCAGUGGCACCUCUCCAUUGGCUUGUUUGAAUGCUAUGCUUCACACAAAUUCGAGGGGAGAAGAAGGUAUUUUCUAUAAGGUGCCUGGUCGAAUGGGAGUCUAUACUUUGAAGAAGGACGUCCCAGAUGAAAUGAAGGAACUGUCAGAGAUGUGGGAUGACAGCAGUGAUGGUCAAUCAGACUCGCAGAGCACAGACAGCCAUGAGAAAAGGGAAAGAAAGAGAAUUUCAUCCAGGUUGUCGCCUCAACCAGCUUCACCGCAGUCAGGCUGCCCCUCUCCUUCCAUCUCACAGAAUAAGAUUAUGUCUCCAUCCCAGAAGCACAGCAAGAAAGCCCUCAAACAGGCCCUGAAACAGCAGCAACAGAGAAAGCAGUGUCGGCCUGGCCUACCAGUGUCCUCCAACCCAAGGCUGUUACUGAAGUCUGUCAAAGCUACUGACCAGACAGUUUCCAAGACUGGUUGGGAAAUUAAACAAUCAGACGGCUGUUCAGCAAGUCCUCAGAAUUCAACUUCCAGCUCAUCAUCAUCCGGGAAAAUGGACCAAGCCCUGCAAGGACUGGGCAGGAAACCCUCUCAGAGGUCUGACAGACUCAAUGCAAGACAGCUGAAAAGGACAAAAGCCACCGACAUUGAUGUGGAGACACCAGACUCCAUACUUGUAAACACAAAUCUACGGGCUCUUAUAAAUAAGCACACCUUUUCUGUUUUCCCUGGAGACUUCCAGCAACGCUUGCUUCUCCUGCUUCCUGAGGUGGACAGACAGGUGGGUACAGAUGGUUUGAUGCGUUUGAGCACCUCAGCACUCAAUAAUGAAUUCUUUACUUCUGCAGCCCAGGGUUGGAAGGAACGCUUAUCAGAAGGAGAGUUCACUCCAGAGAUGCAACUGAGAAUACGACAGGAGAUAGAAAAAGAAAAGAAGGUGGAACAAUGGAAGGAGAACUUUUUUGAGAAUUACUAUGGCCAAAAUUCUGGCAUAAGUCUGGAAGACUCCGAAAAGCUGACUUCAUUGUCGAAUAAUGUUGAGGAUCAUCAACAUCAUCAACCCAAACAACCCCCUCUCCAAUCAGUCACAGAAGAAACUUCUAUCAAGGCAGAGACACCAGCUGAGCCAAAAGAAGAAGCUGACAAUAAAGCAAUAACCAAAGAAGAAGGCAUGCCAAUAAUAGAAGCAAAGGUUGAAGCAAUAGAAAAAUCUCCAAUCUCUUCCAAACAGUGUUGCAGCAAACCAUCUCCAGAUAUUAAAACCCAUCAAGAUGAUAAACCUUUGGAGAUUAGUACUCUGCCUGAGAAGAAGGUGGAUCUUGAACUGACUCCUUCAAUGUUACAGCAAGAUAAUCAAACUCCAAAAGUAGGCUCUGUUAUCUCCCAAGAAGCUAAAGCCUCAGUACCCAAGGCAGAAUUAGACCAAAACCAGUCCAAGUUAGAGAGUUCAGAAACAUCUGAAAAUAAAGAGCCUGGGGCUGUAAAUUCAGUGGAAAGCAAGACCCCUGAGUCCUCUAAGGAAGACCAAGUUCUAAAAUCUACUGAAGAAAUGGAAGCUAUUGCCGAGAGUCUUAAAAGGAAGUCUACCAGUGAAGAAGAUUCUCUGCUCAGUCCUGAGAAAAAGCCUCGCGUUGUGGAAACCCAGUUAUUUCGGACCCCACCUAAGGACUUUCCCAGAAACAAAGAUGAGCCACGUGAACUCAAAGUCCCACCUCUUAAGAUUCCAGUCUCAAGAAUCAGACCUGUGCCUACCCAGACUAGCCAGGUCUCUCCAAGGGCCACUUUCCCACAGCUCGUCAUUAGUCCUGGGAGAACUGGAGCCAGGACUCUUGCAGACAUCAAAGCUAAAGCUCAACUGGCCAAGGCCCAGCGGGCAGCAGCAGCAGCAGGAGGAGGAGCAGUUCCAGGCCCAGGUCCAGGGGGAGGGAGUGGAGGGGGUGGAGGGACUGCGCUCACUAAGUCUUCAGGACAGGGGAGCACCUUGGAUGUGGACGGAACUGGAGGCAGGAGAGGUGUUGGAGGGCCCUUGUUUGAUAAUUCAGGACAACAUUCCAGAACACGCCCAGAGGCUGCAACCAAGGUCCCAACCAGUAUGGCUACGAGAACACAAUUACAGCAAGCCCCCGAGGCGCAGUGCCUACCUGCAAUUAGCAAUGCAGGCUCCAGCAAACCCUCAACCACAAUGACCACACCAACAUUAACAUUAUCAUCAAGUGCACAUGCACCAACAUCUGUGACUUCACUGCCAUCCUCACACACCUGCCCAGUGACAACAAACAGUACAGCAACAAAACCUACUCCUGUUCCAUUGAAGACACAAACUACAAACCAGAUUCCCAGUGCAGCCUUGACACAUGUUUUGAAACCUGGAUCUGUUUGCAGAGGUUCGGAGUAUGCAAAGAUGGCAACUCAAAGCUCAGGAAAUUUUGCGGUGCACAGUAAAGCAGGUGAAGUGAGUAUUCAGCCUUUGACAGACUCUAAUGUUAGAGUGCCAGAUGUAAACAGAAAGCUGCUUUCUGAGACUCAGCUGCCUUCCCUUUCACAGAGGAGCCAUCAGGUUCCAGCUUCUGCCGGUGUCUUUGUCACAGCAGCUGGUUCUAUUUCUGUGGCACCUGGAAACACAGAAGGGACUUUACUAGUGUCUGAGGCAAUGACAAAUGUAGAAAGCCCUGUAAUUACACCUGCUACAUCUACACCUUUACUUUGCACCUCACAUGAUGUACCUAGCCUUAAAGCACAAGAACUUGUUUGUGGAACCAUACCAAAAAUGAGUUCCUCCAUCCCUGCAAAUAAUCCAUUGGUUACACAGUUGCUGCAGGGGAAGGAAGUGUCACUGGAGCAAUUCCUGCCAAAGCCUCUAACCAAAGCAGAGAUGAAGCCUGUAUAUCAGUUUCCGAAAAGUUCACUCGACCAGAAAAUGAAGCCAUUGCCUGAUGGCACGUUGGUAGUGUCGGUGACUAUGGCGAGUGCCAGCACUGUGAUUCAGGACUCCGGUGAGGUACCUACUGACCUGAUCAAAGGAAGAGAAUCUCAGACGGUACCAGAGCAAGUCCUUGGAUCAGUUGAGCAGCAGAGACAGCAAGAGCUGUUUGAACAGGCUGCAAAACAGAGUUCUACCAGUGAAGAGCAGCAGACCAGUGCUGCUGAGCCAGUCUGUACUCAGUCAGAAACACUCAGCAGCACGACCCAAGAGAGAAUACAGCCAGCCGCUCUGAGUAAUGUGCAGAGCCAAACCUUAGCUCCAGUAUCUUUACAACACAAUGCCAACAAUUCAGCUUUUCCUUCCACAGGGGCUUCAGUUGGUCAAAGAUCGAGGUUUGGUUUGAUGGGGACAAAGUCUGCCCUUAAACCGGCUGUAUCUGGUCACUAUCUCCUGAACACAGCAACGUAUGGAAGAGGUUCAGAGAGCUGGAAAAGAGCCCAUGUUCAAAGUACUGAGGCUCAUGUUGGUAUAAAUGGCCUGGUGGAGACAUCUGAUGGUGAUGUUAAGGAGGGCAUAGUAAAACAAGUGGAUGGUAACAUUCAGGUAGCAUCAGAACCAAUAAACAGCUCAGUGUCCUGUCAUCCUCCACCUGUACUAAUUAAAGCAGAGCAAGAUUCUACCCAGAUGGGUGACAGCAUUGCCUGCCCUCAACUAGAUCAUUUGUCCAGCGGAUAUUUGAAAGUGGAAGCACCCACACAUGAAUAUAGACACACUGGAAAGGAGAACACUCCUUUACUGGCUCCUGCACAAAUGGCUGGUAUAUCUGUGACUAAAGAAUUCUAUCAGGGACUCCAGUCAAACUUAGCCCAUGUUGGUGGUGGCAAAUUCAUGCAGAGUCACCAAGACCCUUACAGGAUAUCCAGCCUAUCUGUAGGAUUUCAACAGCCUUCUCAGCACCAAGAGAAGCUUCCCACUUCAGGAAACCGUGCAAGUUCCCAGUUUGCAUUUAAACCAGUUCAGAGUAGUAGUAUCAAUGUUCCUUCUGUUUCAUCUGUAAACCAUUGCUCCACAUUGACAGGAAUGUCUGUGUACAGCCAAGUCUCAAAUAACUCCGGAAAUAUGGUGUCAUUCUCCGUUACUGUGACAACACUUCCUGCUGGUCAGUCAAUAAAUACAAGCAGCCAAUCUGCCCAAACAUUUCCUGAAGGUGGUACCAUGGAUGACUCUCCUUCUAAAUGUUAUUGCAGGCUUAAAGCCAUGAUUAUGUGUAAAGGAUGCGGAGCAUUUUGUCACGAUGACUGCAUUGGACCAUCUAAAUUAUGUGUUUCUUGUCUGGUGGUACGAUAAAUAAACCUGGUUUCCUUCAUUAGAAAGAAAUUUAUCUGGACUGGCAUAUGCCAUGCACAAGAGAAAUAUCCAAUCAGAAAAAAAGUUAUAUCAAAUUUAUUAACAAUGGCACCUUUUUUCUAGGCUUCCUUGGCUGGUAUGUGUUAAAUGAGACAGAGUUUGCACUAAAGAUCAUGCUCAGAUUGUAUUCUAUUUUUUUCAGACAAAAUUUUGAACAGAAGUGAACAGGGUAACUAAUGAAAACAUGUUUGAUAUAUUAUUUAAAUGCCUGAUCAUAUUAACAGGGCCCUUGUGUAUUUUAGCCUUUUCUCCCCUCAACCUUCCCUUAGCCUCUAAUACAUUGACAUGAAAGAGCAAAUGUGAAAUUUGCACAGCCAGUGAACACUGCAUUUGCUAACCCAAUUUCUUCACCUCAGAACAAGAUUGGUGAGUACAAGUUUUCCAGGCUAGGCAGUGAACUUGCGACUUUUCAUAAUGAAUACUUGUUUAGGUAGAAUCUAAACUCUUAAAUCCCAAAGCUGACACUUUUUGUUAAUUGCUGCACUUGGGUUUCAAUUGGAGAGAUUGGCAAAUGCUAAAAUACAGGCAAUACAGCUGUAAUGUCAACAAGUAAAACUAAAUACAGUCAGGAUCAGAGCCUCCAGACUUUGAGAUGAACUGUAGAGCAUGUGCUGACAUCAUGUUACUGAAGAAAGAACUGCACUGUUACUGAAUUUAAAUAAAACUCCAUCAAUCUGCUGUAACAAGCAUUAAUCUUUUUAAUACAAAAUAUUAGCCAUCAGACCGUAUUUGAAGGUUGGAAAACACACUAAUUGAGUAUAAUUUAGAAGGUGCAACUUUGCAAAUGGUCUUUAUCAUUAAGAUUGUUGCAGUGUAAACAUACGAAAAACCCACCGUGAUUGCAUUGUAUGUUUUCUCUUAGGAACUCUUUGAAAUCUCAAUGCAAGGAAUAAUGAGGAGACCAUAAUAGGAUUUUAAUCGUUUCCAUUUCCAGGAAUAAUGAUAGGAUAAAUGGUUAAGGAAUUUCCACCAUAUCAGUUUCAUGUUUCAAUGACUUCAUUUUAAAAUAUGUAUUCAAAUAAUUGUCCCAGCUGUCUCCUUUUGUCAUAGAAAAAUCUUCCCUUAAUGAAAUUUUAUUGAUCAAAACCCUAGAAUAGUAUUCCAGACCAGCUUGGUGUCUGUGAUAUGAUAAAGAGAAGCUUUCAGAUCAACAUUUAGUACUUACAGAUACCUCAGUUUUUUGAUGAGGUCAGCAUACUAACAAUUAAAUCAGGAAUAAACAGCAUCGCUUAAGUUCAAAAUUCUAACAUAAUGAUGUUCACUAAUCUGUUAGCUACACCAGAAGUCAGCAAUGUUCCUCUUACUAUGAGAGGUGAGCACAGUGCAGCCUGGUAACUGAUCAUUACAAUUGCCUUUGACUUCCAGUAGAUUUUAGCAGGUGUCUAUGAUUUGUGGAACAUGUCACAUACAGAUUGAAAGGUUACAGACAGGUCUUGUAGUCGACAACUUUCUUUAAGGGGCCAACAAAAUGACCUAAUUUGUUGAUAACGGCAAGUUCUUUUUCCUAAUCUCCCUUUUAAUGUUGUUAAAAACAAUAAAGUCCAGCAUUCUUUAAUUGUUGCUCGACACAUGACAGUAGCUUACCAAGUUUUGUUUAAUUUAUGUCAGUUUGGAUUUUAACAGGGUUGUAAAUCUUCCCACUGCUUCUUGUUGUCUUUGAAGACAUUAAUAUUCUGCCUUUUGAUGCAAAUUUUUGAGGAUCUAUUGAGUAAAUAGUAGAGAAAAUGUAAAAAAUAAAUUAGGCCUAUAUAUAGUUUUUAAAAUAAAACUGUUUUUCACAAAUACCAAUAUAGAAAUCACUAUUUUUAAAAUAAAUAAAGGAUUUUUAAAGAAUUUAAAAGAUAAAGAACAUUUCUUUCACUUUAUAUUGGUUGCACAUCAUGUUUUGUGUUAAAAUCAAAUAAGUGGCAAAAUAUUUAAUAUUUUGCUUCCAAUAGUAAUAACCUAAAUAAAAUCCCCCAUGGCAGUUAUAAUAAAGUUGCAUGGUCAGUAAUAUUGAAAAUACUCAAUACUUAAAACUGUAUCAGUAAAUGGUCUAUGUUGUCAUUAGAGGCAAUUGGAAUUAUUGCCACAUUAUGCCACUUGUAAAGAACAUAGAAUCUUUAUUUCUGGUAUUGUCUUUCUUGUUACAGAUUAUAUUUUUCUCUCAAAAAAUUUUAAAACCUGUUCUUAUAAUGGAGAGUGUACAUUUGAAAUAUAACUCCUGUAUGAAAUGUAUUUUAUCACCAGAACA